AUGACUGUGGGUUGUGUGUACAAUCAGGGGCGUUUCCCUGUACCUCCUAAAUUUGAUUUCAGGGUCUUGCCUUUGCGCGGAAGAAAAGUUACCGUAGUGUCGUUUAUUGGAGACUAUGACAUACUUCAUGGCGAAUCUCAAUUUGUUAAUAUAUUCAGUUACAUUGGGAAAAAAUUUCCAGUUAUGGGAUUUCCUAGGAAUUAUGUCGAAGGUUACUAUGAUUGUGAAAACCAGGUCAUAUUCUUGGUCUUCAACCACUUGCAGCUAGAAAGUUUGUUCAGAGGUUAUGAAAAUUGUUCACAGGCAUUUGAACGAACAAUGAAACGUCUUGAUUAUACUCAACUGAAAAUCUUAUAUUUCCUCUUUAUUGUAUCUCACUUUAUUGUUAUUACUUGCCAAGGAACAAACCUGAGUCCAGAUUUUAUCCGCAUGUUUAAAUUGUUGGAGAAAAUCAGAAUAAGAAUGUGUUCUUCAGUUGAUAAUUAUAUUCGUGAUCUCCCGCUACCUCGAGAAUGGUUGAACACCGGACGUGCUUCUGUUCCAAGACUACUCUUCGUUUUCAAACUUCGGCCCGCUCAACUCAGAGUGAUGAAGGAUUGGAAGAUGGUUAAACGGUUAGAACAGAAAAUUGUUACUCAAAUAUUCAAUACAUUAUAUGAAACUGGUCUUAUUAGCACGAUUCCUGCAAAUCACCUGUUUAUGCUUCCAGGGCAUAAUUAUGUACAUGUUCUGUAUGACAAUGAAUGCACUAAUGGAGAAACUAAUCGUGGAAUAUAUUGUGAUGAUUUGGCUCAGCAUUAUUUCGAAUUCAUUCUGAACAAUGUUAGUGACAUCUCAAAUUUGUCUGUUGAUAAAAUCCCUAAUCUUACUGGAUCUUCAACACUAUUUUCAUCAUCUGAUGAAAAACAAGAACAACAACAAGAAUAUGAUCCAAGGGAUUUAUUCUCACCACCAUCACCAUGGAAUUAUCCUGGACCCGAUCAGCCUACAGAUCAUAGUUUACACUCAUUUCUGCGUUUACAUGUGUCAAACCUGUUCGAUCAAGCAACGAAUAGAAAUUCUUCUUAUGGUUACACUUCACCAGCCUACGAAUUACCAACGUGUAAAUCAUGGUUUAUGGCGUGCUACAGGAUAUAUACAAGUUUAAUGGCAGAUGAACAUCUAAUAACAGUGCUAAACUCUGGAAUGACUAGUGGUCACAGUAACUCAACAUCUUAUACAACCGGUGGCAAAGGUACAGUAAUCGCGGGAAUGAGCUUGUCGCAAUCAUGGCAUAAUACACUGACCUCACUCCUGUGUCCUACGCUUACAACAUCAACAUUGAAUGUAGCUCAGAAACAAACACAACAAAAAUCUGUAAUUGACGAGGAAGAAGAUUUGUUAGCUUCAAAUUAUAGUAAUCCUUGGUCUAUUACAGAUCCAGUUAAUCGUCUUGCUGCUGUUCGUUAUCGAGCUGCAAUCUCUGCUGCUGAAACGCAUUACAAACAAGAUUUACCUGUUCACUAUUCGUAUACUUACCAUAUGAUUAAAGUUGUUUCCGCAUAUAAUGUUGUCAUCGGUUUAACCCGUGGUCAUUCAAUGUUUCGGUUGUUAGAGAAACUGGCACAUCGACUAACCUAUCUCUAUGUAGCUGGACGUGUUGUCUGUCCAGCUUUAUCGUUAACAGGUCAAACAUGUCAACAUGAAUUCCAUCGUGUACCAGAUGAUUUGAACACUCUUCAGACUAUUCUUUCAACAAUAGAUGAAAAAAGUAAAGAAGACUUUGCAGCUUUUAAUGAUGAUAAUGUGAAUUAUUCACAUCAGCAUCAGUAUGGAUCGAAUUCUACUACAAACCAGUUAACUGGAGUUGAUUUGAAGGCUAAAGAGGAAUAUAUUAUUCCUUCUGGUCUCAGUAGAAAAUGGAAACGUUAUUGGUUAGAAUGUGCCAUCAAAGAUUUAGUAAAUACUUCACGGCAUAAGAAAUUAUUAAAUAGUGAAAAAACCAGUCGUAAUACACAUCCAGGUCAACAUUUGGCCGUGAUGCCGCAUCGUUCUAAUACCGUGACAAUAAGCUCAUGUUCUUGUGGUCGUCAACAAGCUGAGCGGUUAGAUCCAUUCGAUUAUAAGGAAGCUAAUUGGAGAUUUUAUCAUAUACUAUCGAAUGUUUGUUGUAAUAAGUUAGGCAGUAUUCCAUUAUCUCCACAAAUUCUAUCCGAUCCACAUCAUAUAUUCUGUUUACCAAAUGAAGUGAAUAAUGAUGAGUAUCAUUCAUCAUCUACUACUGAGAGCACAUUAUUCAAUCCACUCGAAGAGAAAACUAUAUGCAUUUUAACAAAACCCAAAGAUUCAUCACCACCAAGUUCAAGUCAUACACAUAAAUCAGAAGAAGAAUCUAAUUCAACAAUUCAUGGUGAUAAUAAUAAUGAUAAUAAUAACAAUAAUAAUAAUGCUGUAGGCUUUUCACAGCCUGAAGAUAAUGACUUAUUAUUAUUGUCAGCGGAUUCUAAUCAUUCAGAUUCAAGUGAUGAAACAAUAAACAGAAAGUCAAGUGAUUCAGAAGACCGCCGACAUAAUGGAUACACUGAGGCUACUGACAAUUUGUCUGGAAGUGACUUAUCACAAAAUGAUGCCACUAUUUGUAAUCCAGAACUCCCUUCAGGAGAAACUAAAGUCAAGGGAAUAAUCAAAAUACUGACUAAAGAAGAUGAAAAGAAAGGUGUCACUUCUCAUUCACUUGCAGCAGAAUCAAAAGAAAACUUGACAGCUAAUAUACAAGGUCCUAUUGAAACAGAAAGUUCUAGUCCUGUAAAUCCAGUAACUUUAUAUCCUGCUGUGUUUCGUGAUGGUGUACCAAACACAAAUUGGUUGGUUGGUGAUAUACCACGUUAUCCAUCCUGGUCUAUCCAUACACUUGGAAAAUACUACAGUUAUUCUCAUUCAUCAGGGCUACCUUGCCGAGGAUUUCUCCGCAAUAGUAAUUUCUUACUUCCUUGGGAUGUAUCACUAACGAACAAUACGUGGAAUGCACCUGAACGGGGACGUUACAAUAAGCCUGGAAGAGGCAGACGUGGAGGAAGACCAGAUUCAGACACAGUGAAAUUAUUUAUUGGCUUUGAAAUGGAAUGUUCUAUGGGUCAUCGAUUCUUUAUAACUGGAAUUGAUCGAGUUAUGGAUGGACCGAUGCCAAGCAGUCAAGUUCGCCGAGCUGUUCAUUUACUGUUAACACGUGAUCUGCCUAUUUUUAUGCCCUGUCAAUGUCAGCAUUCAACAACUUCACAUAUGUUUGGAAAUACACGGCAUCCAGCAACUACUAAUGAAUGGGAUAUAGAGUAUACUAGUACACUGAGAUCGUCCAGUUAUACAAAUAAUCAAAUAGUUAUGGCACAGCUGUCACGAAUUUAUUUAGCUAUACCAUCUGCUCCUAUUCGAGUUCGUGUUCAACCAUGUGUACGACCUGGUCCACCGAAACAUACUCCAAUAUUUCAUCUAGGUCAUACAAUGGAUCAGUGUUCUGCUAAAAGAUUUGAUAGUUUGUCAGAUUUUGAAUACGAACAAAACUAUGGAUUUGAUGAUGAUUGCUAUAUUUAUGAGGAUCGUGCUAAACAUGAUGUAAAAUAUCAUGGUACUAGUCAAAGUGAAAGAUAUCAGGCGCCAGGUUAUGUAACAUUGGAUAAUGGAUAUUUAUGGGUGAUCCGUCUACCAUUUGUUUAUCAUGAUGGAAAGAGACAUUAUCCGAAACCAUUGUAUCCAGGUGAACGUAAUGAUUGGAAGCUACUCAGAGGAAGUAUAAAACUAGUAAUAUGA